UUUAGAUGGCAGAUAACUCAGUUCGAAAACUUAGCAUUUUGGUUCUCCAACUGGGACUGGUAUACUAUCAGAAUGAACAGGCGAUUGAAUGCCGUCUGCGGAAUAUCAAUAGACUUUCUGCCACUCGGUACAGCAGCAUUGAUGAACAGAAGAACACUUAUAACGUCGGCAAACUACUUGGAACCAUACAGUAACAGGAUGAAAGACUUAAGGAUAUGGUGCUUGGGAAGAGAAGGACUACAUACUACUCCGUAUAGAUACCGGGUAUGGCGAUUUAGAAGAUUGUUUCCAAAGAGUCAAAAUCCUGAGCAUUGGCAUGGACCGCGGGGGGUGCACGUGCCUCGUCACGACGUAUCCGUGAUACACAGCAUGGAUCAGAUCUACAUAUACUAUAUCAAAUCCGUUAGGUAUCAUUACCCGUACAGAUCGUGGCUCAUUGGCAAACAUGAUGAACUUGAUGAUCGGCUGUGGUUUGCGGGCUCAGGAUACGAGUACCUUGAGCAUAUAGCAGAAAACUACAAGAUAUUCUUCGCUAACCAAACAAAGGACGAAAUCGUGGAUUGUUCAAAAUACCUUCCGAAGUGGUGGGGCAAGUUCAUAUGUAUCAGGAACAGCCACGGAUUUUCUGGUGUACCCAACGGUGGUGGACUUUAUACGAUAUAUGGAGAUGAAGACUAUCUUACUGGAGUUGGGUGUUUUGAGAUAAGAUAUAACGAAGACCGGAUACUGGUGUUCACAGAUCUUAGGUAUUAUGUUGAUUGGAUUAAUAUAUUUGCCAACAUAUCAAGAGGAGAAUACUAUGAAUACGCCUACCCUGAAUGGAGCAUUAACUUGGGACUGCUUUACGAUGGAGGAGUAAAUUAUCCAUACAUUCCGAUGUGGCAGAUUCAGAACGAUAUGUUCCCUCUUGGGAGGAAAAAAAAGUGA